AAGAGAAAGGGAACUGGAGACGCAUCGGGAAGCCGAGUCAGAAAAGAUAGAACGGACACCCCACAAGCGCGCACAAACCAACGACGGUCGCAGCCGAGCCGUUAGCCAUGGAGGAUACGGUGAAAAGCACUCUUUAAAAUGUGAGGUUUAAAGAGGCGUGCUGCAGAAACGCGCGAGAUCGGCUAUCCCCUCUCAUCGUCCACGGGUGAUCUCGACUCGGCUGCUCUGUCCCCUCGCUGUGACACUCGCACUAGGGGAAAAAUGAAGAAGUUUAAUAUCCGCAAGGUGCUGGACGGCUUGACGGCCGCAUCGUCCCCCUCUCCAUCCUCGCAGCCCGGCGGGGCCAAGGAGAAUGAGCUCUUCCCGGAGACCCUCCAGUCGGAACACUUCCAGCUCUGCAAGACUGUGCGCCAUGGCUUCCCCUAUCAGCCCUCCUCUAUGGCAUUCGACCCCGUCCAGAAAAUCCUUGCCAUUGGGACUCAGAGCGGAGCUUUACGAUUAUUUGGCCGACCCGGUGUGGAGUGGUACUGUCAGCACGAGAGUGGAUCAGCCGUCAUCCAGCUACAGUUUCUCAUAAAUGAGGGGGCGCUGGUUAGUGCUUUGGCUGAUGACAGUGUUCACCUAUGGAAUUUACGACAGAAGAGACCAGCUGUGCUGCACUCACUCAAGUUCAACAAGGAGAGGAUAACAUUCUGUCAUCUGCCCUUCCAAAGCAAAUGGUUGUACAUCGGCUCGGAACGAGGAAACGUCCACAUUGUGAAUGUGGAGUCGUUUACCCUCUCAGGAUAUACCAUCAUGUGGAACAAAGCCAUUGAACUGUCCUCCAAGGCUCACCCUGGCCCAGUCGUUCACAUUAGUGACAAUCCUAUGGAUGAGGGCAAGCUCAUAAUAGGAUUUGAGUCUGGGAUCGUAGUGCUGUGGGAUUUGAAAUCAAAGAGAGCUGACUACCGGUACACAUACAAUGAGGCAAUCCAUUCUGUGGACUGGCAUCAUGAAGGGAAGCAGUUUAUUUGUAGUCACUCUGACGGCACACUGACAGUAUGGAAUAUAAAGUCCCCAGCCAAGCCUGCACAGACAAUCACACCACACGGAAAGCAGCCUAAAGAUGGAAAAAAGCCAGAGCCUUGCAAACCCAUUCUUAAAGUAGAAUACAAGACCACAAGAACAGGGGAUCCGUUUAUGAUCUUCUCCGGUGGUUUGUCGUAUGACACCGUUGGUCGAAGACCAUGUUUGACUGUAAUGCACGGGAAGAGCACAGCAGUAUUGGAGAUGGACUAUCCCAUUGUAGACUUCCUCACUCUGUGUGAAACGCCAUAUUCUAAUGAUUUUCAGGAACCGUACGCUGUAGUGGUCCUUCUUGAAAAGGAUUUAGUUGUUAUCGACCUUGCACAAAAUGGUUACCCUAUCUUUGAAAAUCCAUAUCCCAUGACGAUUCAUGAGUCUCCCGUGACGUGUUGUGAAUAUUUAGCCGAUUGUCCUGUGGACCUUGUACCUGCACUUUACUCUGUGGGGUCUCGCCAGAAACGACAGGGCUACAGCAAAAAGGAAUGGCCUAUCAGUGGUGGAAACUGGGGCCUGGGCACACAAAGCUACCCUGAAAUAAUAAUAACUGGGCAUGCAGAUGGUUCAGUGAAGUUCUGGGAUGCUUCUGCAAUAAUGCUCCAGGUACUGUACAAGCUGAAGACAGCAAAGGUUUUUGAGAAGGCACGAUGUAAGGAGGAGAAACCCAGCACAGAGAUUGUGGACGAGGACCCUUUUGCCAUUCAACUGAUGUCUUGGUGUCCUGAGAGCCGCAUGCUGUGCGUAGCUGGUGUCUCUGCCCACAUCAUCAUCUACAGGUUCAGCAAGCAGGAAAUCACGACAGAAGUGGUGCAGUUACUAGAGGUCAGGUUACAGUAUGAGUUGAAUGAUUUGGAAUCCCCGGAAGGAGGUGGAGAUCCGACAACAGCUCCUCCCACUCCAAUCACCUCCCCCAGUCCACAAACCACUGUCCCUCAGACACACCCCUCUACUAGCAGCAACUCGUCAGAUGGGAUGAGAGACAACAUACCCUGUCUAAAGGUGCGCAACAGUCCUCUGAAGCAGUCUCCAGGGUAUCAGGUGGAGCUGGUGGUACAGCUGGUGUGGGUCAGUGGAGAGCCGCCCCAGCAGAUCAGCAGCCUGGCCAUUAACUCCUGCUAUGGCUUGGUGGUGUUUGGCAAUAGCAAUGGUCUAGCAGUAGUGGAUUACUUGCAGAAGACUGUUCUGUUGAAUAUGGGAACUGUGGAAUUGUAUGGCUCAAAUGAUCCAUACCAGAGACAACCGCGAUCUCCCCGCAAGAGCCGACAACCUUCAGGAGGGCUAUGUGACAUUAAUGAGGGCUCAGCCACCUCAGAGGACCGCUGCAAAUCACCCACCUCAGUCUUGAUGUCAAACCAUCAGCAUUUCUACAAUGGAGGAGGGAGAGGAGCAAAGAUGUCAAGGAAAUUAAGCUUGCCUACUGAGCUAAAGCCAGACUUGGUUCUACUCUCUGUAUGUACCCCGCGGGCUGCCGGACCCCUAGACAACAAGGACAACUCCUUCAGCCGCUCCCGGAGCUCUAGCGUUGCCAGUAUUGACAAGGAAUCACGAGAGGCCAUAACAUCUUUCUUUUUCUGUGAGACUUACACUCGCAAAGCAGAUGGCGGCCUUACACCUUGUUUAUGGGUGGGCACCUCCUUGGGAGCAGUGCUGGCCAUCUCCCUCAACAUGCCCCCUGCUGGAGAACAGAGACUUCUUCAGCCAGUACUUGUCUCCCCUUGUGGCACUCUUAUCAGGUUGAAGGGCAGCAUCCUACGGAUGGCCUUUCUAGAUACUACAGGGUCUCUUCUCCCUCCUGCUUAUGAGCCAUGGUACGAACCCAAUGCCCCAACCAAUGGAGAGGAGCGGGACAAGGUCCGUAAGAGACGGCCAGUGUCUGUCUCCCCAUCCACCUCCCAGGAACUGAAUGAAAACCAGUAUGCCGUGUUGUGCUCAGAGAAACAGGCCAAAGUGAUAAUCCUGCCCUCUCAGACCUGCAUAUUCAAACACAACAUCACCGAAGCGUCUUUUGUGCUGCGGGCAGACGUGGUGCAGAUAAACGCUGGCAUUUGUGUGGCCUGCUUCUGUGCCAAUGGACACAUUAUGACACUCAGUCUGCCAGGGUUGAGACCAUUGCUGGAUGUAAAUUACCUACCCCUGACAGAUAUGCGAAUAGCAAGAACAUUCGGCUUCACCAACCUCGGCCAAGCCAUGUACCUGACCUCUCCUACUGAGAUUCAGAGGAUCACCUAUAGCCAGGAGGUUUGCGAGAACCUACAGGAGAUGCUAGGCGAGCUGUUUACUCCACUGGAGACGCCAGAAGCUCCUAACAAGGGAUUCUUUAAAGGCCUUUUCGGAGGAGGAGCACAGUCUCUAGACAGAGAAGAGCUCUUUGGGGAGACAGGAGCCGGAAAAGCAUCACGCAGUCUCGCUCAGCACAUUCCAGGUCCUGGGGGGAUAGAAGGCAUGAAGGGGGCAGCAUCAGGCAUUGUGGGUGAUCUAGCUCGAGCUCGAAUAGCAUUGGAUGAGAGAGGACAAAAACUGAGCGAGGUGGAAGAGCGGACGGCAGCUAUGAUGGCCAGUGCAGACACAUUCUCCAAACAUGCUCAUGAGAUGAUGCUAAAGUGUAAGGAUAAGAAAUGGUACCAGUUCUGAUCUUCAGAAAACAGCAGAGCCCAAAGGGACUCAGGAGUUGUCCUACACAGCCUUUUUCAUCUCUAUUCCUUCUCCCACUUGCUCUCAUUAUCUCUCUUCUGCUGGACCAGUGGGAUCCCUCGCUCUUUCCUAGCACAAUAUUAAAUACAGUCUCCUUUCAGAACUGAGGCACAGACUGAGAGAGGCCCAAAUUUGAGGAAUACCAUUCCACGAAUAUGUCCAUUCUUCAGUUUUUGUUUGUUUGUUUAAUAUUGCAAUUCCUCUCCCAUGGUGGCUGGGCUAUGCAGGUCCAAUUCUUCUCUCAGUCUUUGAAUUGUUUUUGUGCUGUUGUUUUUUGCAUUCAUGUUCUGCCUCCCACACUGGAGAGCAGUAAGUAGUCAAAAAAAGACGAACAAUAAAAUACAAUAAACAAACAACAAACACCAUGAAAAAUUGCAAAAUAUAAAAAAGUGGAAAAAAUAUUAUAUAUAUAUACAGAAUUCUAAAUAAAUCCUCAUUAAAGUCUGUAUAAAUGCCAUAUUCGCUAAUGACUGUCAAAAGUAAAACUUAAACAUGGAGGACACUGGGUGAAGCAUGGGAAGAGCUCCAUUCACAGGAAAUGAUGUCAUGACAUGGAGGAGGCAAACCUUUCAGAAAAAGAGAGAACGUCUAUCCUCUUCUAAAAUGUACUCAAUAUGUUUAUGUAGAUUGACCUUUUUCCAAAUUAGC